CGAAUCGGUUCAAAUGAACGGUUCAAAAGAAGGAUUCGGACACCACUAGUGGAUGGUGCGACAGGAGCAGCAACGAGAGCGCAGUUUCCAGCAGGGUUUCAGCAGCGGUUCACAUCAUCUUCAGACAUGGCAAAGGAGGGGACGGAGAUUGCGGAAGAAAUCGACCAAAUGAUGGACCAGAAGGAGCCUGAGAAUCCCGUUUCUCCGGUAAUAGAUCCGAAAGAAAUGCGGGCUGUUGUGCUGACGGGCUUUGGUGGUCUAAACAAACUCAAAGUCACCAAGAAACCAAUGCCAGAGCCUCAAGAAGGAGAAGUCAAAAUUCGCGUGAAAGCAUGUGGACUGAACUUUCUUGAUCUAAUGGUACGGCAAGGAAAUAUCGAUAAUGCCCCAAAAACACCUCUUGUGCCUGGAUUUGAGUGUUCUGGGAUUGUAGAGAAUAUGGGAGAAAACACCCAAGGCUUUGAGAUAGGUGACAGAGUGAUGGCCUUUGUAAAUUACAAUGCUUGGGCAGAGGUGGUUUGCACACCGUUGGAUUUCGUGUAUAAGAUCCCAGACGACAUGACAUUCCCGGAGGCGGCUGCCUUCUCUAUGAACUUUGUGGCUGCCUACAUGAUGCUGUUUGAAGUGGCCAAUCUCCAGGAGGGGAUGUCUGUGUUAGUUCACUCAGCAGGAGGUGGGGUGGGUCAAGCAGUCGCUCAACUUUGUUCCACUGUCCCCAACGUCACUGUGUUCGGCACCGCCUCGCCCUUCAAACACGAAGCCAUAAAGCAUUCAGUUACGCAUCUCUUUGACAGAAACCUUGACUACGUUCCAGAAGUUAAGAAGAUAUCUCCAGAAGGAGUAGAUGUUGUGUUGGACUGUUUGUGUGGAGAGAACACAGGAAAAGGCCUAACUUUGCUCAAGCCCAUGGGAACGUACAUCCUGUAUGGUUCAUCAAACAUGGUGACGGGAGAGACAAAAAGUUUCUUCAGUUUUGCUAAAUCUUGGUGGCAGGUUGAGAAGGUGAACCCUAUCAAACUCUAUGAGGAGAAUAAAGUCAUUGCUGGCUUCUCGCUCCUUAACCUCCUCUUCAAGCAGGGCGGAUGCAGGCGAGUCAAGACAGCGGUGCAAAAACUUCUGUCCCUCUACGACCAAAAGAAGAUCAAGCCUCUUGUAGACUCCUUGUGGGCCCUUGAAGAGGUGAAGGAAGCCAUGCAGAGAAUCCAUGACAGAGGAAACAUAGGCAAGCUCAUUUUGGAUGUGGAAAAGUCUCCUACGCCUUUGAUGGCCAAUGAUAGCACAGAGACCAGUGAAGCAGGAGAGGAGGAAGAGGAACAAGAGGGAGACAUUGACAACAAGGAGCGAAUGCCCUUCAUUCAGUGAACCCCGACACGACCAGAGACUGUCCUGAACCUGAGCUCAGCUCUCUGACCCCGUGCCGUUGUGAAACGUAUGUCUGUGUCAUGUGUUUGCUCUGUUGUUUGUCUGUAUCUUUUGGACGAUGCAGUCAGAAAUACCCCAAAACACUAAUUGUGCUGUUAAAUGUUACUUAAUGCAGUGUUGAAUUGUUGCAGUGUUUCAGGCCAAAACGUUAUUAUAGGAUUGACUUUU